GAAGACACAAGUGAAUGUAGCUGACAUGGCUGGAUAGUGGUGUGGGUGUGAAGGACGAAUUUAUGGUUGGAGGAUUAAAUUCUGCACAGAGAAAGCACAGCAGGCUACGGAUAGAGGAUCACAUUGCUCUGGGUAUCUGAAGAACCUGGACCAAAAUGCAAAGCAUCAAGUGUGUGGUGGUUGGAGAUGGAGCUGUGGGGAAGACCUGCCUUCUAAUCUCCUAUACCACCAAUGCCUUUCCUAAAGAGUACAUACCUACUGUGUUUGACAAUUACAGCUCAGAGAUUACAGUGCAGUCCAAACCCAUCAGUCUUAAUCUAUGGGACACGGCUGGCCAGGAAGCAUAUGACCGCCUACGCACCAUAUCUUAUCCCCAGACCAACGUCUUCAUCAUCUGCUUCUCCAUCUCCAGCAUGACCUCUUUUGAGAAUAUCAAGCUGAAAUGGUACCCUGAGGUAUCGAAACACUGCCCUAAUGUACCCAUACUUCUCGUAGGAACCAAAAAAGACCACAGGCAGGAUCCGGAAAUUUUGCAAAAAUUAAAGGAACAGAAACUGACUCCUGUCACUGAGCAGCAGGGGAAGGCUCUGGCUCGAGAAAUCAGGGCUGUCAGAUACCUCGAGUGCUCAGCUCUGAACCAAGAUGGGGUGAAGGAAGUAUUCGAAGAGGCUGUGAAUGCCUACCUGAACCCAAGACCCGAGCGUAAAAAGUUGUGUGUAUUUUUAUAAAGACAUUUUACUGAAGAUGGAUUUUUUUCAAACAUAAUUGAACAUACAAAACCUGACAGACUCAGUCAUGAGUCUCUGAAAUAAAAUCCAAGAACUCCAUGAACUCAAAGAUAACUGUUGAAGUAUUUCCCAUUUAAUAAAAUAACAUGAAUAAUUUGAUAGCUGUUUAAAACAGUCUCCUCACAGAUUCCUAUGUUUACAUUUCAAAAUUGAGAGACUAUUGAGCUACUAUUUUGUCUCUGAUAUAAAACUUUAAAAUAUAUGUUUAAAAAUCUUUGAGAUGGUGAAAUUAGGCAGAUUUUGGAAGGGAUUUCAUAUAAAUAUUUCUUACGGGAUUAUGUGUGAGAAAUGUGAAAGUAUGAAUUCUGGCUCUUCAACCUCAGCUACAUCUCUGUAGUUCAGGCUCAACUAAAUAUGUGCAUGGGAUUAUGUUUUGAAAAAUCUUGCUCACGCAGGCAUUAUUACCUCCCCCAACUUUGUUGGAGGAGGUUAUGUUUUCACCUCUGUUUGUUUGUUCCUGACAUAACUCAAAAAGUAGUUAAUGGAUUUUAAUUAAAUUUGGUGGAAAUGUGAGCCACAGGCCAAGGAACAAUUGAUUAGAUUUUGAUGCAAAUCCUGAUAUGUAUACUGAUCCAGGAUUAUUAUUUUUUGUCUGUUCCCAACGUAACUCAAAAAGUAGUGAACAGAUUUGGAUGAAAUUUGGUGGAAAGGUGAGCCACAGGCCAAGGAACAGUUGAUUAGAUUUUGAUGCAAAUCCUGAAAUGUAUGUGGAUCCAGGAUCCAGACAUGUAUACUGAUCCAGGAUUAUUAUUUUUUGUAUGUUCCCAACGUAACUCCAAAAGUAGUGAACAGAUUUGGAUAAAAUUUGGUGAACGGCUUUAAUAUUAUCCUAGGUUCAAGUGAUUUGAUUUUGAUGUUGAUAAUGUGGCUUGGUGGAGGUAUGCACUCUAUUCUACAGAGUGCCCUUCUAGUUUUUGUGUGUUCCUACUGUAGAUACUAGUUUGUUCCUAGAAGUUGUAUUUUCUGACAAAUUCUGUUGGUUCUAUUCCCCAAAACUAUGAUCUCAUUCAUAUCACCUGCUAUGCAACAAUUUUUGUUGAACACUGUUGAAUCCCAGUCUUGAUGCACUCCUCUAUUCUUAGAUGCCCUGUGGACAUUUACGGCAAGCUUUAAAAAAAAAAAAAAGUUACGACUGUCCUAUGACCGUGUCUCAUGAUUUGUAAUGAAAUUAGUCACUGCUGAUUUUUUUGUAUUUUGAUGCUGAAUCACUGGCAUAAUGGAUGUGAAUAGUUUGUUAGUCAUCAGUUGUGGUGGUAUUGGAGUGUCCAAUAUUUGGUAUUCUGUUACUGAGACUUGCAUCAGCAAUUAAAAAAAGAAGAAAAAAAACCCUGCAGCUAUACUGCCUGAGAUUUCACUCAACCUCCAGCAUUUGAAUCAGAGAUUUUGUGAUAUUUAUGUGUAAAUUUAUGAAAAAAAAAUCAUAUCCAUUUCACAACUCAUCAUAUUUAUCUCACAUGAUUAUGUGUGUAUAUUUUCGUCUGUGAAAGGGCAUGUCACCAUGUUCCAAACAUUGCCUGAAAUUACAACAUGACAAGUGAACAGUGUUUAAUCAGACGUUAAAAAUUAAUGUGAAAAUACAUGUAUGUGCAAUAAUUUUUUUUAAAAAUAACAAUAAAUGCACUACAUGUGAAAAAUU